AUGAACUUCUACCCGGUACCUCCGAUCAUACAAGCUGAACUCUACAUUCGAGUUCCAGAUGAGCUUCGUUGCCAUGGCAAAGAAACUGAGUGGCGAGGUGGCUUUGCGCGCCCAUUUCAACACAUCUUCCUUGAGGGCCCAAUCGUCGAUGAUCUUGGCAACCUUUACAUAGUGGACAUUCCCUACGGCCGAAUCCUCAAGAUUGACCCAAAAAAGACUAUAAGUGUUGUUGCAGAAUGGGACGGCGAGCCUAAUGGGCUUGCGGCAACUGACGAUGGUCGACUGGUUAUUGCCGACUACAAGCAGGGAAUACUCUCCUUCGAUCCUUCUGAUCGGAAGAUCAAACCGUUGAUCACCCGGCGUCACUUGGAGCGAUUCAAAGGCCCAAAUGACUUGAUUGUCGAUUCGAAAGGAAGCAUCUACUUCACCGACCAAGGUCAAACCGGCAUGACAGAUCCAACUGGCAAAGUCUACCGGCUUUUACCUGACGGAAAGCUGGAGACACUUGUAGAAAAUGGAGUAUCCCCAAAUGGACUGGUUCUCUCACCUGAUGAAAGGUUCUUAUUCGUCGCCAUGACGAGAUCCAACCAGGUCUGGAGGCUUCCUCUUCAUCCCGAUGGAACAACAACCAAAGCUGGCGUCUUUUUCCAGUCAUUUGGAAACGCUGGCCCAGACGGCCUGGCGAUCGAUGAAGAAGGCAGUCUUUUCAUCUGUCAUCCAAGUUUGGGGUCCGUAUUUGUGGUUGAUUCCAAUGGGAUCCCCAAGGCACGCAUCGUGAGUGGAACAUCCGGCAUCAACUUGACGAACUGCUGCUUUGGUGGUUCAGAAAAUAAGACCCUCUUUAUCACAGAUAGCUUGGAGGGGAAUAUUCAAAAGCUCGACUGGCAUUGUCGAGGCGCACGACCGCAGCCAAGCCUUAGGCGAUAG